AUGAUGUCUCCAAAAUCAAAAGCUAAAGCUAUGUUCUUCAUCUUGAAAAUAAUAAUGUUAAAUGCUUUACCACCAAUAUAUGCAUGUGGUCCCUGCACUCCGCCAGGUCACCCCAAGCACCCACCGCAUCACGGCGGAGGACACCCGAAAGUGUCCCCUCCUAUGUCGCCGAUCAUAAUCAACCCUCCGGUGGUGCCCCCACCGGUGGUGAUUUACCCUCCACCAAGCACACCACCGUACUCGCCUCCGCAUCGGACUUGCCCAAUUGAUGCCCUAAAAUUGGGACUUUGCUUGGACGUGCUUGGAGGAUUGGUGCACGUGGGAAUAGGGAACCCAGUGGAGAAUGUGUGCUGCCCCCUUAUACAAGGGUUGCUUGACCUUGAAGCUGCAAUUUGUCUUUGCACCGUAAUUAGGGCUAAGCUUCUGAACCUCAAUAUCUUCCUACCUCUUGCACUUCAAGUUUUGAUCACUUGUGGGAAGACUCCUCCUCCUGGUUUUGUUUGUCCACCUCUAUACUGA